UAUCCUCGUGGCAGGUUUUGCAAGAGCUAAAACUGGGAUUCCAUCAUUGAGGUAGCGUCAGUUGAGCUAGAAGUUGUGAAUCCAUCAAGCGAUCAUGAGUGGUCGAUUCUUGACUGGUUAUGCUUCAGCUCCUGUUUCACCUCAAGUUAGUCGGCAAUCAUCUCCUGCUCUAAGCGACCAUGAUUCGUAUUUGUCGGAGCUCUUGUCCGAGAGGCAGAAGCUUAGUCCGUUCAUGCAAGUUUUACCGAUUUGUAGCCGCCUGAUAAAUCAAGAAAUUGCUCGAGUCACAUCCCUCGUUGGCGCGCAAGUGUUUAUGGACCAUGACUCGAUCGAGCAUUCGCCUCCAAUGUCCCAUCAACCUCACUCGUCUCAUCAGCCAAUCUCGUCUCACCAGCCACAUUCAUCGCAUCAGGCUCUCUCUCAUCCUCCUCAUCCACCACAUCAGUCUCAUUCAUCCCAUCAAACACAUAUCUCGCAUCAGUCUCACCAGAUUCGGCCGUCAUCUAGUGGAUCGCCGUUUGAUUCUGGAACAUGGGCUCCGAUGCCAUCUGAGGUUGGGCCAUCGUCGUCUCUCUUCCUGAUGCAACCCACGAGCCAACCGUCAGCUUCGGGAACCCUUGUAGGCUGGACGGCUCAGCCUGGCGCUGCUCCGAUUGUAAAAAAGACGAGCCGUUUGGAGGUUCCUGUGGAUAAAUAUCCGACAUUUAACUUCGUCGGAAGAAUCUUAGGGCCACGAGGGAAUUCGCUGAAACGAGUUGAAGCCCAGACAGGCUGUCGUGUGCUCAUUCGCGGUCGUGGAUCGAUAAAGGACGCUGGCAAGGAGGAGAAGAUGCGAGACAAGCCUGGAUUCGAACAUCUGAACGAGCCUCUGCAUGUUAUCGUCGAAGCGGAGCUCCCUGCCAAUGUUGUUGACGCGCAGCUUGCUCAAGCUUGCGAAAUCCUUCAGGAGCUUCUGAGGCCCGUGGACGAAACCCAUGAUGUGGUCAAGCGUGCACAACUUCGUGAAUUAGCCAUUCUAAACGGAACUCUCCGGGACGACCUGGGAGCUCACAGUUUGUUUUCAGGGUCCCCAUUGCCCUUUGGUGACGUGGGACUGAAGAGAGCUAAAACUCGGCGAUAGCGAGUACUGAACGCGACAGCUGAGAUUAGCACGCACAAGGCUGACCCGGAUUUUCCUGUUUGGCAAUGCGUAUCUUCUGUUCUGGACGACUAAGUUUACAUGCCACGGUUCAAGGGAUUACCUCAUGAAGCCAUCAAUCAGGAGUAAAUGUUGGAACUAAGUGGAGUGGAGCAAAGGAUAGCUACUUCUGGCAGCCAAUUUAGUUUGAAGCAAGGCAGCAAUCUUCGGCCAGGUCACUUGGAUUGGCAUGAGCUUCCCUGCACUAGGCGAUUGUCACAAUUCCCAAUAUCCUCACCCACGUGUUUCCUAAUUUUUAAGAGAGUGUCUUGGCUGCACAACAUUGGUUUGUUAUACAGCCACAAGUUGGGUUCUCAGAGCCAUCACAGAAUUCAGUUAGGAUGGUAGCAUUGAAACAAUGAUAGACGUUGAGCAUUAUGUAAUUUUUUGAAAGCGUGUAA